ACACAGAACACGGAACAUGCCAUUCAGCGUUCCUUACAUGUGAAGACGCACAGAACACGGAACAUGCCAUUCAGCGUUCCUUACAUGUGAAGACACACAGAACACGGAACAUGCCAUUCAGCGUUCCUUCCAUGUGAAGACGUGGGUGAAAUAUGCACACCAUCCAUGGACUAUGCCACUUCUGCAUCGAGCGCAAUCUGCCUAAGGUGACCGUCCACAGAGGAAAAGAUGGCUACGGAUUCACCAUCUGCUCCGACUCUCCUGUGCGCGUACAGGCUGUGGACCCAGGAGGUCCCGCCCAUCAGGCAGGUCUGCAGCAGAUGGACACACUCCUGCAGCUCAACGGCCAGCCCGUAGAACACUGGAAAUGUGUGGACCUCGCUCACGCCAUCAGGAGUUGUCGUAGUGAGAUCACGAUGGUGGUGUGGCGUACGGGGCCCGUUAUGAAGCCCUACUUCGAGGGCCUCAUCCACCAGCCCUCCUACAAGACCCCUGCCUACGACACGCUCUCCCCCACGGCCAAGAGAGCGGACAAGACCCCCCCCCCUCUGCUGUCCAACCCCCUGGGCCAGCGGGGCAGCCGCAAGAAGAGGUCGGGGGGCAUGGAGGGGUCAGGGGGCAUGGAGGGGUCAGGGGGGUCGGGGGGGUCGGGGGGGUUCCUGGACGGAGCGUGGCCCUGGAGGGACAAGAGGGUGGAGGACAACGACUACAAGACCAGAACCACAACGCUGAAGGGAACACGCGUGACCUCAUCAAACGGGGACAACUACAUCAUCCUCUCACCCGUCAACCCCGGCAACCAGAUGUUGCAGCCGGUGUACUCUGACAACAAUGGCACUAUCGGAACGCUGGGCCGUAUCUACCAGACUCACCCCAGCCGUGGGAUGGCUCCGAGUGGAGCGUUCCUGCAGGAGGCGUCGGGAACUCUGUCGGGAACUCUGUCCCGGAACACGGUGCGGCGCUCCAUGAACAGCAAGACGGUCCCUCCGCCCUCCUCCUCCUCCUCCUACCGCCACAGCUUCGCCAACUACCAGAACUGCACGGUGGUCCAGUCGCACCUGCCCCGCGCUGACCACGCCGCACACACCACACACACACACGCCGCCUACAUGGCCAUCAGCCCCAAGAUCCUCAUCUUCCCCGUGUUCGUGCAGCCCCUGGACCUGUGCAGUCCUGAACACACUCUGCUUCUCUCGGAGGAGAUGAUUCUUCAUGACAGUAAACACCUGUCCAUCAAGGCCACAGUCUUCAUCUACACUGACCUGAUGCUGCUGACGCGGGAGGACGAGCCUGGACGCUGUAACGUGCUCCAGAGCCCCCUCUACCUGCAGCAGCUCAAACUGCAGGAUGUUCCUGCUGACAAGAUGCGUCUCUACAUCACACAUAGGACUGAGAAAGGGGAGGGCUUGUUGAGUCUGGAGGCGUUCUCAGCGGAACAGAAGAGGAGGGUUCUGCAGUGUCUGAGGGAGAACAUCAACAAACAGUUGCAGCACAUGGACCUGACCCGCCAGCAGCCCCAGCCUGUUGAGAGGAGUGAGGCGGCGGGUCUGCUGCCGUUUGCCCCCGUGCCCCACCCCGCUGAUGCCCCCUGCCCUCCGUGUCUGCCCUCUUGCCCCUCCGUGUCCCCGGGCAUGGACCCCCGAGCCCAGCGCUUCCUCUUCCCCAAGACGCGCGCCCCUCUGGUGGAGGCCGACCGCCGUGACCCCCGCGACCUGUGUGACCCCCGCGACCUGUGUGACCCCCGCGACCUGUGUGACCCCCGCGACCUGCGUGACCCCCGCGACCUGUGUGACCCCCGCGACCUGUGUGACCUGCGCGACCCCCGCGACCUGUGCGACCCCCGCGACCUGCGUGACCCCCGCGACCUGUGUGACCUGCGCGACCCCCGCGACCUGUGCGACCCCCGCGACCUGCGUGACCCCCGCGACCUGCGUGACCCCCGCGACCUGCGCGACCUGCGCCCCCCCAUCCCGCCGCUGCCCCCGCUGCCCUGCCUGUCUCUGACCCCGCAGAGGGUGGAGCGGCCACCGGGGGCGGCGAUGCAGAGCUGUGGAGGAGGAGGAAGAGAGGAGGACGAGGAGGAGGGCAGCGAUGAGGGCUACCUGAGGAAGCGGCGCAGCGUGGCGGGGGCGUCUCCCGUGGCGAUGCGAGCGUGUGAGGAGGCGAUGGCUCUCCCCCUGCACAGACGCACACACAGCGAGGGCAGCCUCCUGCUGGAGCCCCAGUCACCACACUUCAUCUCAAAGCCCGCCUUCAUCUCUGACCCCGCCUUCAUCUCUGACCACGCCCAGCGCUGCACUAGCCCCGCCCACCAGCCCUUCUGGGCCCCGCCCUCUCCCAACACACUCAGGAAGCAGCUGACCGGCGGCCAAGGCUCCGCCCACAUCUGCAUGCUGCUGACCGGGAGACGGGUGUGUACUGAGGUUACCUGCAGGUGUGACAUGGGACGAGGAGGCCUCAAGAAGAAGUCCAAGAGCCUGGCCAAGGACAUGAAGAACCGCCUGACGUUUGUGCGGAAGAAGAAGAAGGACCACGAGAGACGGAGCCGCACCAGGAAGAUGGAGAAGAUGCUCAAGUCUGCCCGGCCACCCGCAGAAGAAGCCCUCCAAUGGGGAGAGUCCUUUGACCAGCUGCUGGCUCAUAAAUUUGGCGUGGCGGUGUUCCGUGCCUUCCUGCAGACCGAGUUCAGUGAGGAGAAUCUGGACUUCUGGCUCUGCUGCCGGGACUUCAAGCACAUCACCUCUCAGUCCAAGAUGGCCUCCCGCGCCAACAAGAUCUUCGCUGACCACAUCUCCAUACAGGCCUGCAAGGAGGUGAAUCUGGACUCCUUCACGCGAGAGCAGACACGGCAGAACUUGGAGUGUGUGUCGGCGUCGUGCUUUGAGCUGGCGGAGUCGCGCAUCUACGGGCUGAUGGAGCGAGACUCCUACCCACGCUUCCUACGCUCCCGCCUCUACAUGGAGCUGGCCAAUCACAACACUCCCAGCUCCAUGCCCGACCUAUCCUGAGCCAGUCCUCUCAUGACCACAAGCAGCAUGGGGCCGCCUUCACGAAGCCCCUCAUCAUCUGGACGGGACUGCAGGGGUGUGUGUGUGUGUGUGUGUGUGUGUGUGUGUGUGUGUGUGUGUGUGUGUGUGUGUGUGUGUGUGUGUGUGUGUGUGUGUGUGUGUGUGUGUGUGUGUGUGUGUGUGUGUGUGUGUGUGUGUGUGGAGCAAGUGCUGCCGCUGCCAAUCUGUUUUUAGUCCACAGUGCCCCCUGGUGGACCGGAGUGCUGAUCAGAGAGAGACUCACAUCAGGCUGGAGGCUGACGGAGGGAGCAGGCGGAGGCAGGAUCUGGUGGGGGCUG